CUGCAGGAUCCAGAGAUGGCAUCAGUGAAGCUGGAAGACUGCAGUCAAACACUGCAGCUGAAUGUCAACAUUAAAGAUGAAGAAGAGGAGGAGAAGAUUAGGACAACUGUUAAUCAUGGCCGACUAGAAUUUAGUCUGAGUCCGGUAACAUCAACAGUGAGGACAAUCCCAGCCUGCCUCUCUCCUUCCACACUGAGUAGAAACCUACAGUCACAGUGUCCUGAUUGUGACAGUGGAGCCCAGUUUGCACUGCAGGAUCCAGAGAUGGCAUCAGUGAAGCUGGAAGACUGCAGUCAAACACUGGAGCUGAAUGUCAACAUUAAAGAUGAAGAAGAGGAGGAGAAGAUUAGGACAACUGUUAAUCAUGGACACCAUGUUGAGACAUUCUCUACAUCCAGAGAGCAACAGCAGGAAGAUCACAGAGCUAAGAGGUCUCAUCACUGCCCACAUUGUGAAGAGAUUUUCCCAUUUCUAUCAAAGCUAAAAAUACACCUAAAAAUACAUACAGGAGAGAAGCCUUACUCCUGCUCUGAUUGUGGAAAAUGCUUCAAAACAUCAACGGUGCUAAAACUUCAUCAGAGAACACACACAGGAGAGAAGCCUUAUUACUGCUCUGACUGUGAAAAACGUUUUAAAACAUCAACUCAGCUAAACGUUCAUCAGAAGACUCACACAGGAGAGAAGCCUUACGUCUGCUCUGACUGUGGAAAAUGCUUCACAACAUCAACUGAUCUAAAAGUUCAUCAGAGAACACACACAGGAGAGAAGCCUUUCUUCUGCCCUGACUGUGGAACUAGUUUCUCUCAGCUUUCCAACUUAAAAUCACAUGAACGUAUACAUACAGGGGAGAAGCCUUACUCCUGCUCUGACUGUGGAAAAUGCUUCAAAACAUCAACUGUGCUAACAGUUCAUCAGAGAACACACACAGGAGAGAAGCCUUAUUACUGCUCUGACUGUGUAAAAUGCUUCACAACAUCAGCUAAGCUAAAAGUUCAUCAGAGAACACACACAGGAGAAAAGCCUUACUCCUGUUCUGACUGUGGUGUGAGUUUCUCUCGACUUGAUACCUUAAAAACACACCAACAUAUACAUAAAGGAGAGAAGCCAUUCUCCUGCUCUGCCUGUGUAAAAUGCUUCAAAACAGCGACUGAGCUAAUAGUUCAUCAGAGAACACACACAGGGGAGAAGCCUUACGUCUGCUCUGACUGUGUAAAAUGCUUCACAACAUCAACUCAUCUAAGAGUUCAUCAGAGAACACACACAGGAGAGAAGCCUUAUUACUGCUCUGACUGUGGAACUAGUUUCUCUCAACUUUCUCACUUAAAAUCACAUGAACGUAUACAUACAGGGGAGAAACCAUACUCCUGCUCUGCCUGUGUAAAAUGCUUCAAAACAGCAACUGAGCUAAUAGUUCAUCAGAGAACACACACAGGGGAGAAGCCUUACGUCUGCUCUGACUGUGUAAAAUGCUUCACAACAUCAACUCAUCUAAGAGUUCAUCAGAGAACACACACAGGAGAGAAGCCUUAUUACUGCUCUGACUGUGGAACUAGUUUCUCUCAACUUUCCCACUUAAAAUCACAUGAACGUAUACAUACAGGGGAGAAACCAUACUCCUGCUCUGCCUGUGUAAAAUGCUUCAAAACAGCAACUGGGCUAAAAGUUCAUCAGAGAACACACGCAUGAGAGAAGCCUGCUUACGUCUGCUCUGACUUUUGGGUGAGUUUCUCUCACCUUAGCAACUUAACACACCAAUGUAUACACACAGGAGAGAAGCCUUAAUCCUGCUCUGUGGAAGGGUGGGUGUGUUACUCAAACUUCUAGCCAAAGGUUGCGUGUUUGAACCUCAUCAAGGAUGACUUUAGCAUUUUUGCUAAUUAGCAACUUUGCAACUACUUACUACUUUCUAGCUAUUCCUUAGCAUGUUAGCUUAGCAUGCAACUACUUAGUAUGUUAGCUACCCUUUCCCCUAAAACCAUUUAACCCCUCACCAAGCUAAUGUUAGCAACAACAAAUUGGAAUUCGUAACAUAUCAGACAUAUUACAAGUUUGUAACAUAUUGUAUGACUAACAAUGUGUAAAAUAACAUACGAAUUGUAAUUCGUAACAUACGAUACGUCCUACAAGUCGUAUUAUACUGAACAACAAUCUAGAUACAACAAUUUCAAAGAUUUAUAGUUCGUAUAAGGAAAUCAGUCAAUUUAAAUAAAUGAGGCCCUAAUCUAUGGAUUUCACAUCCUGGGCAGGGGCUCAGCCAUGGGUGGGACUUGGGAGGGCAUAGGCCCUGCCAAUCAGCAUGAGUUUUUCCCCACAAAAGGUCUUUAUUACACACAGAAAUACUACUCAGCCCCCCUCAGACAAUCCUGCAGGUGAAGAGGUCCUGGGCUGCCGUGGUCACAUGUGAUCUGAAGUUGUGAGGCCGGUUGGAUGUAAUGCCAAAUUCUCUAAAAGGACGUUAGAGGUGGCUUAUGGUAGAGAUAUAAAUAUUGAGUUCUCUGGCAACAGCUCUGGUGGACAUUCCUCAUCAUGAGAAUUGCACAUUCCCUAAACUUGAGACAUCUGUGACAUUUUGUUGUGUGGCCUUUUAUUGUCCCCAGCACAAGGUGCACCUGUGUAAUGAGCAUGCUGUUUUAUCAGCUUCUUGAUGUGCCACACCUGUCAGGUGGAUGGAUUAUCUUGACAAAGGCUGAAAUGCUCACUAACAGGGAUAUAAAUAAAUUUGGUAACAACAUUUGAGAGAAAUACCCUUUUUGUGCAUAUGGAACAUUUCUGGAUUGUUUUAUUUCAGCUCACGAAACCAACACUUUACAUGUUUCGUUUAUAUUUUAGUUCAGCUUAUAUUGGUAGGCCAAUGCAAUGUAACAUACUAAAUGGAAUGGCACAGAUGUUUUUGCAACAUAUAUUACGUUUUGCUCUGAGACCAGGUUGUCCCUCUGCAGUGGGAAUGAGCUAGUAGACACAAAAAAAAAAAUUACCUUUAUUUACCUAGGCAAGUCAGUUAAGAAUAAAUUCUUAUUUACAAUGAUGGCCUAGGAACAGUGGGGUUAACUGCCUUGUUCAGAGACAAAACAACAGAUUUUUACCUUGUCAGCUCGGGGAUUUGAUCUAGCAACCUUUUGGUUACUGGUCCAACGCUCUAACCUCUAGGCUAUCUUCCGCCCCUAACAUGUAUCAGAUAGAGAUGGUGUGAUGAUAACUUUUCACCACUAGUUUGGGGGGAUUGUUUUACAACUUAAUUUAAUGAUACACAGCUUAUGAAAGUAAUACAUGUGUUUAUUAAUUGUCUUUAAAACUAGAUGAGUUAUUUUAGUUACUGAUCAUGAAUGUGUUUGGAUAACUGCAUUGAAGUAAACUUUAUUGAUCUGCCAAUGAAAAAUAAAGUUACAUGAAUAUGUA